CCCUGGCCACUGGGUCUCCCACCUGUUCCUAGUAGCCUUCUGUAGCUACAUACAUGGGAUGGUAUGAGGAAUUAUCAACUGUUUCCACUUCUGUAAGGUCAUUGUGACACAAUGAAGGUCAACAACUCACACCCUUCCUUCACGCUUCUCACCACUGCAAACCAUCCCCACUCUAGCGUUGUCUCUCCUUUCCUGCCUAUGGUGUUUCAACACUAAAUCUUUGACUGAGUGAUCAUACCAGAGAGAGACAGUGUGUACAGUAUUGCCUGUUCCAGUCAUAGCUGAUAAAAUCCCUGUUGUUCAGGUGAUAAGAGAGAUUCCUGCCAGCUCCUACUUCAUUGACAUCAGUUAUAUUGUGUAUUAUUGUGUCCGUGUUCAAGGAUGUCUGCACUGAUACACUGACUGUAUGGGCAUAUGGACACUCCAAAACAACCAUGUAUUAUGAGAGGAAGACAGAGAAACCACAUAUUAGACUUGCCAGAGCUAGGGGAGAGGAGACAGGGAAGUGGGACAGUCCUCUGUACCUAUUGAUUCAAAGCCCUAGGCCUAUUACAACUGUGAGAGUAUUGUACUUCUGUGAUUGACUUCACUUUAGACAUCCAUUAUUUGGAAAAUGAACGAAUUGGUGAAUUGGUUAAGGAGCGUUUCCCUGUGCUGGACAUAUCUGCUUGUCUUUCUCACCAGCGCAACUUCAGUGAUUCCCAACCAGGAGCAGGUGCGCAGGGAAACUCCUACAGGCCAAAAAUACACUGAUUUCGAUGAUGUAUCCUUUCUACGGACCAGAUCAAGUAGUUUCGUAUCUUCUUCGCAGCUGAUUCGUCCAUAUUCACUCUCGAUGAAUGAGGAGAACUACCAUUACACACCGAAACCCAAACACCUGCGGCACAACCGGCUCCUGCGCAUUUUGGGCUCGUCUUUCGAUCCGUUCUGGAUGUCCAUAGAACGCCCAGCCGAAGCAAGGGUUUGGACGUCGGAGGGGGAAAGCGUCGACACGGAUGCGUCUGGUGGUCAAACUGCGUCUCGUGGUGACCCGCACGCCUUACCAAACUACACCACCAACGAGGGGUUCAACUUCGGCGAGUCUCCAGAGCUGACAGAGGGCGCAGCGCGCUACCAACGAAAACUAGAAAAGGAAGCAGAGGAUUUGGAUUUGAGUGAGCUUCCCGCAGACGUUGCCAGCACUCUGCGUGACUGGCUGGUCGGCUCCGCCACCUGUGGAAUGCGCUACCAGUGGGUAAAAUUAGCUCCGGUGUUCUGGCCCCGCUGGUUGCGCCACACCGACUGCGAAAAAUCUGGUGGCUCGCGGAGUUGCUCUUUCCCCAGCGGGAUGGCAUGCCGCCAGGCCCAAACCACACAGAUAAAGAUUCUGGCCUGGCACUGCUGGAGCAGCGAAGAGGGAGGCGGGGAUGGGUUAAGAGGGAUGGCCGGGAUCGACAGGGGGACUGUGGUGGUGGGGACAGGUGUUGCAGGCAGAAAGUGUUUGUGGAGGCAGGUGCCUUAUCCUGUGGUUACAGCGUGUAAAUGUUCAUGCAAAUAGUUUAUUUGAUCACUGUUAAUCACGAACAUGUAGCCUAUUUGGGUUUGGCCUAUAUUCAAGAUAGAAUUGAUUUGAAAAUCUGAUUGUCAAUGUAGGCUUACAACAAUUUGUUUUGCAAAUGAUUAUCAAUUAUUGUUUGUCCAGCCCUGAAAUUAGGCUACCUGUAUACAAUUAAUUAACUUGGUUUUUGUGAUCAACUUUAGUAUACAACGAGGCUAUUGGACGAAAAUUGAAUAAACUUUGUUUCCAACCAAUGUGUUUAAAUG